UCACUUCUACGUAAAUUAUUUUGGAAUUUAAUUUAUAUAAAAAUAAAAAACUUGAAUAUCAUAUCAAUAUAGGUUAUAUUGUAUAAUAUUGUCAUGUUAGUAGAGGAAAAUACAAAUUAAUUGUAGCAAACUUUAUCAUAAAACUGCUUAUAGUUUAUAUAACCUUUUUAGAAGGUUAUCUAAAAAUUAUCUUGAACUUUUUAUGAUUUUCAUUUAGUUAGUGGUAACACGAAGUUACAGUAAGAUUAAAUUUGCAGCUGAACAUAUCGAGCAGUAGUUUAUGUCUCAAAAUGGUGCCAUCGAGGAAUGUAUCCAGAUUAUUGGUUAAUUUAACUGAGCAAAUGAAAUUGUCUAAAAGGGCAAUAAGUAGUAAAGAAGUUAUACAAAAAGAAGAAAAAUAUGCUGCUCAUAACUAUCAUCCACUACCAGUGGCUUUAUCAAAAGGUCAAGGAGUUUUUGUAUGGGACGUAGAAGGUAAAAGGUAUUUCGAUUACCUGAGCGGAUAUUCCGCCAACAAUUUCGGCCACUGUCAUCCGAAAAUAGUGAAAGCCUUACAAGACCAAAGCGCCAUUCUACACCAUACCUCUAGAGCCUUCUUUUCUGAUCAAUUGGGCGAAUAUGCAGAAGUGGUUACGAAGCUUUUUGGAUACGACAAAGUCUUGCCUAUGAAUACCGGCGUUGAAGCUGAUGAUACAUCAUGUAAACUAGCAAGAAAAUGGGGUUACAGGAAAAAGAAUAUACCAAAGGACCAGGCUAAAAUUAUUUUCGCCGAAGAAAAUUUUUGGGGGAGAUCUCUAGCCGCCGUCUCGGCUUCAACCGAUCCCACAAGCUACGAAGGCUACGGUCCAUUUAUGCCCGGUUUCAAAAUUAUACCCUAUGACGAUUUACAUGCGCUUGAGGAGGUAUUGAAAGAUCCUAAUGUAUGUGCUUACAUGGUGGAACCGAUUCAAGGUGAAGCUGGUAUCAGAGUACCAUCUCCAGGGUAUUUAAAAGGAGUUCGAGAACUUUGUACGAAAUACAAUGUUCUAUGGAUAGCGGAUGAAAUACAAACCGGUUUAGGAAGGACUGGAAAACGUUUGGCUGUAGACUAUGAAGGUGUUAAACCUGAUAUUUUAGUCCUUGGGAAAGCUUUGGGAGGCGGCGUUUAUCCAGUAUCUGCUUGUUUAGCCAACGAUGAUGUCAUGUUAGUUAUCGAACCUGGUACACACGGUUCCACUUUCGGAGGGAAUCCUUUAGGUUCCAGAGUUGGAAUUGCUUCUCUUGGUGUUUUAGAAGAGGAAAAUAUAGCAGAAAACGCUUUCAAGAUGGGUGAAAUAUUUAGAAAAGAAUUACAGAGCAAGUUAAACAAAGAUAUAGUGUCAGAAGUUAGAGGUAAAGGUCUUCUAAACGCUGUAGUCAUCAACAAAAAUGUUGCCGAUGCUUGGGAUGUUUGUUUGAAAAUGAAAGAAAACGGCCUUAUAGCUAAACACACCCACGAAGAUAUCAUCAGAUUUGCACCGCCGCUUAUCAUAAAUAAAGAUCAACUCGAAGAAUCUAUGAAUAUCAUUAUAAAUACUAUAAACGGUUUACAAAAAUAAAUGAGUAUAAAUUACA